AAUAGUUAUUAGUUAAUUAAAGGAUAUCGCCGCCGUGUUGCCUCCAUCGGGGGAGAAGAACAACCAAACUACAACUCACUUUCUCUCUCUCAUUCUCUGAUCUAUAAAUCAUCAUCUCACUGUAAAAACUCUAACAAUUCAAAGAGCAUAGUUUAUUCUAUGAAGAGCUUUUAGGAGGUUGAGGUCCAUGAUAUUUUGAAAUCUCUCUGGAAUAGGAAGACCAUGGGACGAGCUUCAACAUUCCUUAUAAUUUUUAUAGUUCUUGGUUCUUCCUUUGCCACGUACAAUCUGGUAACAAUGCUAAGGCGCUAUGGAUCUUCGGAAGGUGUAGCUGUUCCUGAUGGUAGAUUGCUUUUUGACCCCAUUCUUGAGAUGCCUGAUCAUGUAAAGAAUCGGAAGACAUCUAAAGCACCUUUUCAUGUGGCAUUAACGGCAACAGAUGCUCCAUAUAACAAAUGGCAGUGCCGUGUCAUGUAUUACUGGUAUAAGCAACAAAAAAAGUUACCCGGGUCAGAGAUGGGAGGAUUCACUAGGAUUCUACAUUCUGGAAAGUCUGACAACUUGAUGGAUGAAAUUCCUACUGUUGUGGUUGAUCCUCUUGCAGCAGGUUUGGACCGGGGAUACGUCGUUCUGAAUAGGCCAUGGGCCUUUGUUCAGUGGCUGGAAAAGGCUAAAAUAGAGGAAGAAUAUGUGUUAAUGGCAGAGCCUGAUCAUAUAUUUUUACGCCCUCUGCCCAAUCUGGCCUAUGGAGGACAUCCAGCUGCUUUUCCAUUUUUUUACAUCAAACCUGAUCAGAACGAAAAGAUCAUUAGGAAGUUUUAUCCUGAGGAAUAUGGACCAGUGACAAAUGUUGACCCAAUUGGCAAUUCUCCUGUAAUUAUCAGGAAGGACUUGAUAGCAAAGAUUGCUCCUACUUGGAUGAAUGUUUCUUUGAAGAUGAAAGAGGACCCAGAGACUGAUAAGGCUUUUGGAUGGGUGCUAGAAAUGUAUGCUUAUGCCGUUGCAUCUGCUCUGCAUGGUGUGAGGCACAUUCUGCGGAAAGACUUCAUGCUGCAGCCACCCUGGGAUCUUGAAACUAGAAAGAAAUACAUACUUCAUUAUACUUACGGUUGUGACUACAAUAUGAAGGGUGAGUUGACUUAUGGCAAAAUUGGUGAGUGGAGAUUUGACAAAAGGUCACAUCUACGAGGACCUCCACCAAAGAACUUGCCUUUGCCCCCACCAGGAGUUCCUGAAAGUGUGGUGACCCUUGUAAAGAUGGUGAACGAAGCUAGUGCGAACAUUCCAAACUGGGAGACAACGUAAAUAUUUUCCACACUCUAUCAUCUUGUCCAAGUGCAUAUUUCGAAAAAUAGAACAAGACUGUAAACACUGAAUCUUUUUUGGUCUCGAAUUUAGUCUUAGAAUCAUAGAUUAAUGUAAACUAUACCCAUUUUUAUGCCAAUUCAAAUGCAGGAUAAAAAAUCUUUCGUAUUGUGUUCUUGUUGGUGAUAUAUUCUUGAAUGGUAUUUGUUCAAUAAGUAUUGGCUUCCAAAUUGCUCA